CUCUCAGCCCCUCACACACACACACACACAUGCACACACACAGAUGUAUACACACAUACAAUAGGACACUAAAAGGAGGCAGGCCUGGGUGCUUCAAUUAAUGACGGAUCCCUCCCGUGGACAUUUUUAAUGCCUCCUUGGAUUUUUUCUUAUGUGGCUGUGGUUUUGCGCAUAGAGGAGCUCCGGACGCUGCUGAGAGGUGUGUGUGUGUGUGAGUGUGAGUGUGUGUGUGUGUUUGAUGCUUCAUUUACGAAGAUGAAGAUUACCGCUCGGUGAAUGGGAAACACCAUCACAGAGGCAUCGCUACCUUUCUCGCAUCCUGACCGACACGCUCACCUCUCCGUUGGCGAGAUUUGCGUACCCGAAGCCGGAGCCGGUGUCUGCGCUCUGCGGGGCCGGGCGCGCGUCGUCUGGGAGGAGUAGGGAGGAUGGAGGCGUUUUUUACAGAGGGGGCCCGUGUUUGGGUCAGGGAGAAGGAGCAGCUGCUUCCUGCCACAGUCAACUCCUGUGCAGAUGGGACUCUUGUCAUCACAACCGACUAUGGAGAGGUGUUGUACCUGCAGCAGGCUGAGGUCACCAGGGAGCGGGUGUACGCUAUGCACCAGUCCAGCAUCGAUGGGGUGGAGGACAUGUCAGCACUGGCUGAGCUGCAUGAGGCCGCCAUCAUGCACAACCUGUACCAGCGUUACCAGAAGGAUAACAUCUAUACGAAUAUCGGCAGCAUCCUGGCAGCCGUCAACCCUUACAAGCAGAUCCCAGGUCUGUAUGACACAGAGAGGGUUGAUCUGUACUCCAAGCAUCAUCUAGGGGAGCUCCCUCCACAUAUCUUUGCCGUGGCUAACGAAUGCUACCGUUGCAUCUGGAAACGGCAUGACAGUCAAUGCGUUCUCAUCAGUGGUGAAUCAGGAGCCGGGAAGACGGAGAGCACUAAACUGUUGCUUCAGUUUCUAUCGAUGAUGAGCCAAAACUCAGCCGGGACUCCUCCGUCAGAGAAAAGUACACGAGUGGAGCAAGCCAUUGUACAAAGCAGUCCCAUCAUGGAAGCGUUUGGUAAUGCCAAGACCGUUUACAACAACAACUCCAGUCGCUUUGGGAAAUUCAUCCAACUUCAUUUCUCUGAGGGCGGCAACAUCCAGGGAGGCUGCGUCUUUGACUAUUUAUUGGAAAAGAACCGAGUGGUACGACAAAACCCAGGAGAACGAAACUACCACAUCUUCUACGCUCUGCUGGCGGGCGCUAACAAGGAGCAUAAAAGCCUCUACUUCUUGGAAGAUCCUGCCGAAUCUUUCCACUACCUCAGCCAAUCAGGAUGUCUGAAGGACAAGAGCCUGAAUGACAAAGAACUGUUCAACAGUGUUAUGGAGGCGCUGAAGGUGUUAGAGUUCACAGAGGAGGAGAUCAGAGACAUGUUUAAGUUGCUGUCAGGAGUUUUGCAGCUGGGAAACAUCGAGUUCAUGACUGCAGGAGGAGCCCAGAUCACCACCAAGCAAGUGGUCAGUGAUGCCAGUGAGCUGCUAGGCCUGGAUGCCUUCCAGCUGUCUGAAGUCCUGACUCAGCGCUCCAUAAUUCUCAGAGGAGAGGAAAUAUGCUCUCCACUCACUAUAGAGCAGGCCGUGGAUUCCCGCGACUCUGUUGCCAUGGCGUUAUACUCUCAGUGUUUCUCCUGGAUCAUCCUGAAGAUCAAUCAGAAGAUCAAGGGGAAGGAAAACUUUAAAUCCAUCGGCAUCCUGGACAUCUUUGGCUUUGAGAACUUUGAGGUGAAUCGGUUCGAGCAGUUUAACAUCAACUACGCCAACGAGAAACUUCAGGAAUAUUUCAACAAGCACAUCUUCUCGCUCGAGCAGCUGGAGUACAACAGGGAAGGUGUCCAGUGGGACGCUAUAGACUGGAUGGACAAUGCAGAGUGUCUUGACCUCAUAGAGAAGAAACUCGGCUUGUUGGCACUAGUGAAUGAAGAGAGUCGAUUCCCCAAAGGAACUGACUUCACUCUGCUGGAGAAGUUGCACAGCAGACACUCUACAAACCCUUACUAUGUCAAGCCAAGGCUUGCUGAUCAUCAGUUUGGCAUCAAACAUUAUGCCGGGGAGGUCCUGUAUGAUGUUAGAGGGAUCCUGGAGAAGAACAGAGACACCUUCAGAGACGACAUCCUGAACAUGCUCAAAGACAGCAGACUGGACUUCAUCUAUGACUUGUUCGAGAAGGUCGGCAGCAGGAACAACGAGGAGAAGAUGGGAACAGCCAGACGGAAACCUACCGUGAGCUCCCAGUUCAGGGACUCCCUCCAUUCUCUCAUGGCCACUCUGAGUGUUUCCAACCCUUUCUUCAUUCGCUGCAUUAAACCCAACAUGAAAAAGAAUCCAAAUGUGUUCGACCCAGAGGUCGUCCUCAACCAGCUGAGGUAUUCUGGCAUGUUGGAGACUGUAAAGAUCCGUCGGGCUGGGUUCCCCGUCCGUAGAACUUUUAAAGAUUUCUUCACUCGGUAUAAGAUCAUUGCGAAAGAGAAAGCAGCGGCGGCGGCAGCAGACGAUAAGAAGAGGAGUACAGACCUGCUAACCAAAUAUGACAAGACCAAGAAAGAGUGGCAGUUAGGCAAGACCAAGGUGUUUAUGAAAGAGUCUCUGGAGCAUCGCUUAGAGAAAGACCGGGAUGAAGUCCGACGUCAAGCUGCCAUGAUAAUUCGAGCCCACCUGCUCACUUUCUCUGCCAAGAAACGCUUCAAGCUCAUACGCGCCAGUGUCGUCACUCUCCAGAAACACUUCAGGAAGCACAUCCAGCGCAGACGGUUCGUGAAGCAACGUAAGGCAGCGCUGGUGCUGCAGAGGCACAGGCGAGGUCAGGUGGCGCGCACUCGAGUGCGAAAACUCCGAGAGGAGAAGAAGAAAAAGGAGGACGAGCAGAAAAAGAAAGAGGAGGAGGAGAAGAAGAAGCUGGGCGUAGGGGAGCAGGAGGGGGCGAGUGAAGGAGCAGAGAAAAAGGCGAAAUCGUCAGAGGAGAAGGACGCUUCUUCAGAUGAGGCCCGUCAGAUGGAGGAGAUCCUGCAGCUGGAGCGAGAGAUCGAGCGCUUGCAGAAGAAGAGAGAGGACGAGGUGUCCCAGCUGUGCGAGUCCUCCAAGCAGGAGCUGCAGCUACGCCGGGACGCCGAGCUGAAGCGGAUGAAGAAGGAGGCGUCCCGCAAGGCCACGGAGCUCAUCGACCUCCUGAACUUCGGAGGCGUGGAUCCUUCACUAGGAGCGGCUGCGGCUAAACCUGCUGCGGCAGUGAAACCCCCGAAAGCUCCGGGUGAAGCCAGAGGAGCGUCCAAAGAAGAGGAGGUAGAUGAGGGAUUUCAUGCUGAGGAGGAGUGCAUCCCUCUACCUGACUUCCCUCCUCCUGCUGAAACAGACGCUCCUGUGGAUCAGGAGAUAUUCGCUCACCUCCCUCCUCCCCCGCCUGCUUUUGCAGAGGGGACAGUGCCUCCUGCACCGCCUCCUCCACCUCCCCUCCCUGCAGACGGCGUUCCUGUUGCUGGAAAUCCUCCCCCUCCUCCUCUACCUCCACCUGGAGAUGGCUCCUCUGUCCCUACACCUCCUCCUCCUCCUCCUCCUCCUCCUACCCCACCCCCUCUUCUUAUACCACCUCCCCCUCCCCCAGGAGAGGGAGAGAAAAAAGAGGGAGCCAGGGUGGAGCCGGAGAGGAAGGUGAGCAUGGUGGACAGCCUGGUGGACGGGGAGGAGCCGAUCUACAGCAUGCCGGCCGACACCGAGUCAGAUUACGACCAGGAGGAGGAGGAGGGAUCCGUCACGGCCGGGGACGACAGCUCCGUGUCAGGGAGCAACCGUGGGAGCGCCGCCGUGGCGGAUGAGGAGCACCCAAGGAAGUCGACCUGUACCAACGCCAGCAUCGAGUCCUACAGAGGCAGCUCUGACUCUUAUGCAGACAGUGACGAUGAACAUGAUGGCAUGAUGGACACUGAUGAAGAAGUGACUAAUGGCAGAGUGACCUUGCUUAAUGGAAAUGGACCGCCAUAUUUCCACGGCUACCUCUACAUGAAGGCUGGUCUGAUGAUCCCAUGGAGGAGGCGUUGGUGCGUGUUGAAGGACGAAACCUUCAUGUGGUUCCGGUCCAAACAAGAAUCUCUCAAGUCUGGUUGGCUCUACAAGAAGGGAGGAGGCCUCUCCACUCUCUCACGGAGGUUAAACUGGAAGAUGCGCUGGUUUGUACUGCGGGACAGCAAGCUGAUGUACUACGACAACGACAGCGAGGAGAAGCUGAAGGGAACCAUCGACAUCCGAGCAGCCAAGGAGAUCGUGGAUAAUCACGAAAAGGAGAACGCUCUGAACAUUGUGACGGAUGAGAGGACCUAUCAGGUGUUUGCUGAGUCACCGGAGGACGCAAGUGGGUGGUUCAAUGUGCUCAGUAAGGUGCGGGUUUGCACUCCUGAGCAGCUGCUGGAGAUGUCCCAUGAACAGGCUAACCCAAAGAACGCUGUGGGAACUCUAGACGUGGGGUUGAUCGACUCUGUUUGUGCUUCAGACAACCCUGAUCGGCCCAACUCCUUUGUCAUCAUUACGGCCAACCGUGUGAUCCACUGCAACAGCGACACACCGGAGGAGAUGCAUCACUGGAUCAGUCUGCUGCAGAAACCCAAAGGAGACGCCAGGAUAGACGGCCAGGAGUUCCUUGUCAGAGGCUGGCUCCAAAAGGAGAUGAAGACGAAUGCUAAGAGCACCUCCCUGAAGCUGAAGAAGCGUUGGUUUGUUUUGACCCACAGUUCCCUGGAUUACUACAAGAGCGCCGAGCGAAACUCCUCCAAGAUGGGAACUCUGGUUCUUAACUCCCUCUGCUCCAUCAUUCAGCCGGAUGAACGAGUGCACCGGGAGACAGGUUACUGGAACAUCAUCGUGUACGGGAGGAAGCAUUCCUACCGCCUCUAUACCAAGAUGUUGAACGAGGCCAUGCGGUGGACAGCGGCCAUACAAGGAGUCAUAGACAGCAAGACUCCCAUAGAAACUCCAACUCUGCAGCUCAUCAGAGACAUCAAGGAGAACAGCGUGAACCCAGACAUCGUGGAGCAAAUGUACAGGAGGAACCCGAUCCUCAGAUACACUCAGCAUCCUCUGCACUCCCCUCUCCUGCCGCUCCCUUAUGGAGAGGUCACCAGCGUACAAAGGCAGCAGGGCUAUGCCAGUCUGCAGGAUGAGGCGGUGCGAGUUUUCAACUCACUGCAGGAGAUGGAGACUCUGGCAGACACGGUGCCCAUCAUUCAGGGCAUCCUGCAGACCUGCCAGGACCUGCGCCCCCUCAGGGAUGAGGUAUACUGUCAGGUGAUCAAGCAGACCAAUCAUGUGCCUCAGCCUAACAGCCCAGCCAAUCGAGCACACUGGCAUCUGCUCACCUGCAUGAGCUGCACCUUCUUACCCAGUCGAGUCAUCCUCAGAUACCUCCGCUUCCACCUCAAGAGGGUACGUGAGCGCUUUCCCGGCACAGAUAUCGAGCGCUACGCCAGUUUCAUUGGCGAAUCCCUGAAGAAGACCAAGACUCGUGAGUUUGUUCCCUCCCAGGAGGAGAUCGCCGCCCUUCUGGUGAGACAGGAGAUGAGCACCACCGUCUACUGUCACGGAGGAGGCUCCUGCAAGAUCUCCAUCAAUUCACACACCACAGCUGGAGAGGUGGUGGAGAAGCUGAUCAGAGGUUUGGCCAUGGAGGAGAGCAAGAACUUGUUUUCUCUGUUUGAACACAAUGCCUUCACAGACAGAGCUUUGGAGAGCAGAGUGAUUGUGGCUGAUGUUCUUGCCAAGUUUGAAAGACUUGCAGGCAGUGAAGAAGAGGAAGAGGAAGGAGAAUGGAAACUCUACUUCAAGCUCUACUGCUUCUUGGAUGUGGAAAGCAUGCCAAAAGAAGGAGUGGAGUUUGCUUUCAUGUUUGAGCAGGCCCAUGAAUCUCUGAUAAGCGGUCACUUCCCGGCCUCGGAGGAAACUUUGCAGCACUUGGCAGCUUUACGUCUCCAGUAUCUCCACGGUGACGGAGCAGGUCGGGCCGGCUGGAGCCUGGGAAGCGUUUAUCCGAUCGGACGCCUCCGCAAUCGCAUCCUCCACUCCACCAAGCCGGGCGUGGGGGCGGCAGGUGGAGCUGGAGGAGCUGGAGCGGGUGGACCGGGAGAUGGGAAAGGCACGGUGGGAGGACAGGGAGGUAUCCAGGUCGGAGUGGAGAAACGAAAGACCCCGAGCUUCUUGGACGGCACCCUGAGGAGAAGCUUCAAGACUGGCUCACUGAAGAAGCAGAAGGUGGAGGAGGAGCAGAUGCUGGAGAUGUGGGUCAAGGAGGAGACAUCCGCCACACGGACCAGUGUUCUGGAGAAGUGGACUCGGCUGCAGGGCAUGCCUCAGCAUCAGGCUAUGCUUAAAUAUAUGAGCAUUAUCAAAGAGUGGCCUGGAUACGGAUCUACCCUCUUUGAUGUGGAGUGUAAAGAGGGCGGUUUCCCUCAUGAUCUCUGGCUGAGUGUGAGCGCCGAUAACGUGUCCGUGUAUAAACGAGGUGAACCGAAGCCGCUGGAGACCUUCCAGUACGAGCACAUCACCUUCUUUGGGGCUUCACAGCCUUGCACCUACAAGAUCAUCGUGGAUGAGAGGGAGAUGUUCUUUGAAACACCACUGGUUGGGGAGAUCACCAAGAUUAUGAGGGCCUACAUUAACAUGGUGGUAAAGAAACGUUGCAGCAUCAUGUCAGUAACCAGCGUCACCAGCUCCUGGGCCAGGUGAUUGCCAACAACCAGCCAGUCACCUCUCAGUUCAUCCAGUGGCAACAGAUGCCUCAGCUCCCUGCAUUGGUCGGUCGGUUUUGAUGGAGGCAGUCGCACCAAACAGCUAAUCCUCAAGGUUGAAUCAAAGCGUCUAUGAUCGAAGCAAGAUGGAAGUGGACACGCAAGCCAAACGCACACUCUACUGGCCUGGGUUUCACUUGGGAUGAGUGGAUACGGGAUCCAUUUAUAAAUGAGCAUGAUAAAGAAAAACAACCUGGUUUUUGGGACGGUCCUUUCCAAUACAUAACCUCCCAGUUCUAGUCCUGCAUGUAGAUGUUCAAGCACACUUCAAACUUCUCUCUGCUUUUCCUUUCCCGGACAAAACUCAGUAACAACAAGCACAACUCAGCCGCCGAGUCCCAGUCUGUCCCAGUGGGGGACAGACAAUCCCUUCCCCCCCAGUGCACUGCCAGAUAGAGGAAAGCCACACUUUCUCAGUUAAAUCUGUUUCUUUCUCACUCCUCCAAUUCCAGAGUCUCUCUCUUUCUCUCUCUCUCUCUUUCUCUUCACGUCCUCACUCCUGUUGCAUCUUUGUUUGGUAUUAAGUUAUAAUGCUGAAUUCUUGUUCUUGCUUGCUUUCUCUCUGUUGUUCUCUCUCCGUUGUUUACCCGUAACAUCAACUGUUAUUACAGCUAUUGUGACUGAGAAAAGGGACUCGAUAAUGAUCUGAUCUUCUUUUCAGGGGGCUACAAAAGGGGGAAAAAUGAGCUCCCCGGGCCCCAACACAGUGUUCACUCGCUCACUCGUUAGUGCCACUGUGUGGCCACAAGAAGAAAACACAGCCAAAACGAGGUGGCUUUAAAUAUUUCUGAACAAUAUCAAAUAGAUAUUCUUGAGAAGAAAGCGUGGAGGUUUUUCUUUGGAGGCUCUCUGGUCAUGUUUAGCUUGACACAGAGAGUCUGUGCAUGGCCUUUCUACAAGGAGAACAUUAUCAACCAGAAUAGUACGAGACAAAACAUUUCCCUAUCGUAUGUCUACAUAUAAACACACACAACAUAUAUCUAUUGUAUAGCCACAUACACAUAAAACGAACCAACAUGUAUUGUUUUGUACUGUAUAUCACACAUUAUAAGAGUUAUUAUUGAAUCUUCGGUGGCCACUGCACUGUACAGUAUAUAGAUGCCAUACUAAAAAAUGCAAUGUGACAAAAGUGUAAAAUACAUGCAAGUGAAUGGUGUUAAUAACGACCACUGUAUGUCUGAAUAUGAUGCCAAUACUGUACAUCAUUCACUGGCUGUGCCAUUAACGUGACUCACAGAGGAAAUAAUAGUAAAAACACAGAUCAUGCUGAGACUGGCUGCUACGGCGGUCAUGUUUUCACAGUAUUUUGAUGAACUUAUCCUUGUUGUUACCUGUGGGACUCACUCUGCAGCAUUAAACGGAGCCAUAAAAUACCCGUAUAUCCCCGUCUGCUCAUGCUACCCUCACUUUUUUUUUCCUUCACUAAGAUCGGCGACUUGAACAAUAACGCAUAAGAGCUCCAGUUUGUCUGAACCUGUUUAUGAACAUGUAACUUUUAUUACCGAUACUACUAUUAUUACUGUAUGUCCCCCUCCACCUGCUAUCUUAAUCACCCUGAAGUGCUGUGUCUGGAAUGCUGCUGUGUGUAUGUGUGUGUGUGUGAGUGUAUGUAAGAGUGUAUUUAUGGUGUAAUCCAAAAAGUUGGUAAAGAAAAAGGAAAUGAGAAAAGAGAAGUGAUUUAACUGAGUGUAUAUCAUGAAAUAUAAGGAGUAUUUACAUGGCUAACGUUUGCAAAGAAUGGUGUCGUGAUUGUGCGUUUCAGUGGAAAAGCAUGGGAUUUAAAGGGAGGGUCGUGGGUUAUUUAUUUCUUAUUGAACUGUAAGUAUUGCAAGGUGAGUUUGGGAUGGGUAGCAUAUUGAAUAUAUAAUGGAUUUUCUCAGUCUCAGUGUACGAGGAGCAGAUAAGACACUGUGAGGAUCAGAGGUGGUUUAAUUGCGCACUGUCGGUUUAAUGCCGACAGUCAUCACAGCUUUGUGUGUGUGUGUAUGUGUGCGUGUUUAUGGACUGAAAGUGAAGUCACUGUUCUGUCAAUAUCACCUGACUCUGUGGCACUGCAGGUAGAUUGCAACAUGUGUAACACCUCUCUAGAGUACAAUUGUUUCCCCUCAUCAAACAUCCAGGGGGAGCUACUUAGAUAACACAAGAAAAAUACUGUCUAAUCUCAAUUAAUUUGGAUUAACGCUUAGAAAAAUAGUUUGUCUUUGUCAAUAAUAAUUUGAAUAUCUGCCCUGAAAAUAGUUUAUAUGAUAUGCUGCUUGUCAGACUGAAUAUUUAAAUGAUGUCCUGAAGGAUAUAUUGUCUGUUGCCUGUCUGUAGUGCCACGUACAGGGCCGAAGCCAUGGAUUUUAGAAAUACUGAGGUCAUGAGUCUAGAGGAGUCAAAAAUGACAUUAGGAUUUAAAUUUUUUUCUUAUUUCUCUUCAGUUACAUUGUCUAAAGAUUUUACUUCCCAUCACAGUCUAAAUAAAUACAUAUUUAUUCUAAAAAUACUGAAAUCAGCCUGUUAGAGUUUCCAAGUGUACAUUUUAUCUUUACUACCUUUGCUAAAUGACCCAGACUCUUAGAAAACAUACCAAGGACGUGACCUCAGUGUCUACAAUGGUAGCUACGGCCCUGCCUGCAUCAUACACACAGCCCACUGGGAUCCUGCCUGUAGAGUUAGAAUAGGCAGAACUCACUCCCAGGUUCCACUUUGAACUUUUGGUUAUUUUAGUUUUGGCUAAAAUGAGAAGUGAACCUGAGAAAGUAACUUAUAAGCCAUAAAUAACAGGGAACCUGGAGCUGUCAGUUCUAGUUAUUCUUACCUAUGGUUCUGUCUGUCACUGAUAUUACACUGAGUAGGAAGAAGUUGCCCCAUAGUUGCUGAAAUGUGAUCGGCGUGUUCGCUAAAGAGAACGACGAAUUUAAGUACCUGAUCGCAAAUCUGCUUCCAAGGGCAACUUCAUCACAAAGGGUCCUGUUAUCAGCCGCAGGCGGCCAAGAGUGGGGCCCAUUCUUAUCUUAUGUUAUGCUUAUUAUCAUCAUUACAUAGUGAAACAUAUUGUGCUUGUUUUAAAAAAAAAAAAAAGAGAAAGAGAGAGAUAUGUGUGUUGUUCUUUUUUAUUUGUAACUGGCUUUACAAAAUUAUGCUUUAAUAAAUUAUUGUCCUCUA